AUCAGCUUUCAACUCAAUAUUGCAAUUUUCAAUUCAAUACUGUUUCUAUACUCGUUUAAAGAUCAUCUGCCAUGUUUUCCGUGAUUUUUCUCAUCCUGCUUACGCAGCAAUUCGCUACAAAAGGUGAAUUAAUCAAAGACCCUUCGCUCAAACCAGCAGAUCCAUUUAUCGUAUCGGAUGACGCGGAGGUCAUAAAGAAAGAAAUACACAACGAUGCCUGCACGAACCGCGACAAAUUAGCCAAAAUCAUAUUCCACAGGACGAUCGACCAACGUAUACAACUCUAUGAUUUUUACAACGAGAAGUAUUUCGCAUAUGUCAAUAGGUACGGCAAAAGAGUUUACUCAACAACCCUAUACUGGGAUCUGCUAUAUUACUCAACAGAUAGUUUACAAAAAUUAUACAAAUUAGCCUUCAAAAGAUACGAAGCUCAGCUGGGUGAUACAUUGCACUCGGCAAUCGCAGGCGAGUGGAAAGAAGGAGGGGUCGUCGAAGAAAUAGUCUGCGCCAACGAUAAAGAAAUGAAGGAUCUUAUCCAAGAACAUUACAAAGCAGCUUUCCAAUGCACCGUCGAAGACCAUUUGAAAUUAAUUCAUAAAGAUGAUAAAGCUUAUCAAGAAACUAUUCACAAGUAUUGUUGGCAACCACUUUGUCAAGAAAAGAAAAUGAAACCGGAAGAUAUCGAUAAAGAAGCAAAAGCUUUACAAGACAUCGAUCCAAAAAAAGAUAAAGAAGGAUUUAAAAAGAAACUCAAAGAGUUAUUGGAUAAAAACUGCGAGCCCGAUCUCAAAGAAAUAUUUAACAAGUACAAAAAAGACAAACACAGGAUUUCAGACGGAGUAGACGAGGCGUUCGAUGGAGAUGAAAAAACAGCAUUCAAUGUCUUAGUUAGAUACAUCGAGAACACUUGCAUGUUCUACGCUGACGAACUGUACCACGCUGUAGAUGGAUGUGGAACCGAUAUUGAUAAAAUCAACAGAAUAGUCUUGACUAGAUGUGAACGUGAUAUGCUUUCCAUUUUCAAUGAAUACAAAAACAAACGAGGCGAAACAUUCACCGAACGUCUCGAUGGAGACACUACUGAAGAUCGUUACUUGGAAUCCAUUCGAUAUCUUUGUGGAAAGCCAUAGAUUUCACGAUAUUUUCUAAUUAGAGAAAUUUAUUUUAAAUAAUAUUCACAUUAAAAACAAAAGCUUGAUAAGCGAAUAAAUAAAGUUCUGUUUUCUCAGUA